AUAACUUUCUCCGACUUCCCCCGGACGUGUUUUAUGCCACUUCUUUUUCUGUCUCAUUUUGUCCACCACACUUUUAACGUUGUGCAUGAAUGCACAAAGGUGUUUUUGUUGGUGCGCGAUGGACGAGGAGGAGCCACAUUCCGGCAGCGGCAGGCGGGCGAGGAGUGCACCGAUGGCGGCAGAGGAGGCAGCAUCAGCACCAUGAAGAGAUGUGCGGCGGGAGGCGGGGCAGCCUCCUCCUUUACGCGCAAAAACUCCAACAACAACGAGCUCCUGCUCCUCCAGGACCACUGCUCGGAGUCCUUCAGCCUGCACUGGAAUGUUCCACCGGACGACGGCGGCGGCUGGGGCUCGGCCGCCGGCAUGAUGUGCAGCAAGAACGGAGAUUGCCGAAGAGAGCCGACCAGCUCCGGGAGCCUCUCGUCCCUCAUAUCCAGGCAGGAGAAGCGCGCCGAUGGCGGGGUAGAAGCCGCGGAGGACGCGCGCAUGGACGGCUCCGUGGUGUCGGCGGGGUCUCCGCCACACGGGGCCGAGGUCAGGAGCGCCUCGGCGGGCAUGGAGAAGAAGGACUCCCGGGUGUCUUUCUCCAAAGGACACACGCCGGGUCAGCGGUCCAGGAGCUCCAAGGCGGAGGACGGCUCGCAGAUAGUCGCGGAUGAUGGCGACUCCAGUCGGAGCCAAACUUACAUGCAGCGGCAAUUCACCGCCAUGUUGCAGCCCGGGGUCAACAAAUUCUCCCUGCGGAUGUUCGGCAGCCAGAAGGCGGUGGAGAAGGAGCAGGAACGGGUCAAGUCCGCGGGGAACUGGAUCAUCCAUCCGUACAGCGACUUCAGAUUCUACUGGGACUUUUCCAUGCUCAUGUUCAUGGUGGGCAACCUGAUCAUCAUCCCCGUGGGCAUCACCUUCUUCAAGGAGGAGACCACCACUCCAUGGAUCAUCUUCAACGUGGUGUCGGACACCUUUUUCCUCAUGGACCUGGUGCUCAACUUCAGGACCGGCAUCGUGUUCGAGGACAACACGGAGAUCAUCCUGGACCCCAAGAAGAUCAAGAAGAAGUACCUGCAGACCUGGUUCGUGGUGGACUUUGUGUCCUCCAUACCUGUGGAUUAUAUCUUCCUCAUCGUGGAGAAAGGCAUCGACUCGGAGAUGUACAAGACGGCCCGGGCGCUCCGCAUCGUGCGAUUCACUAAAAUCCUCAGCUUGCUGCGCCUGCUCAGGCUGUCCAGGCUUAUCCGCUACAUCCACCAGUGGGAGGAGAUCUUCCACAUGACCUAUGACCUGGCCAGCGCUGUGAUGCGAAUAUUCAACCUGAUCGGGAUGAUGCUACUGCUGUGUCACUGGGAUGGCUGUUUGCAGUUUUUGGUGCCAAUGCUGCAGGACUUCCCCUCGGACUGCUGGGUGUCCCUCAACAAGAUGGUGAACGACACCUGGAGUGAGCUCUACUCCUUCGCCCUCUUCAAGGCCAUGAGCCACAUGCUGUGCAUCGGCUAUGGACGACAAGCCCCUGAGAGCAUGUCUGACAUCUGGCUCACCAUGCUCAGUAUGAUCGUGGGGGCCACCUGCUACGCCAUGUUCAUCGGACACGCCACCGCGCUCAUUCAGUCUCUGGACUCGUCCAGGCGGCAGUACCAGGAGAAAUACAAACAAGUGGAGCAGUACAUGUCCUUCCACAAGCUGCCUGCAGACUUCCGCCAGAAGAUCCACGACUACUAUGAGCACAGAUACCAAGGCAAGAUGUUUGAUGAGGAGAGCAUCCUGGAGGAGCUUAAUGAGCCUCUGCGAGAGGAAAUUGUCAACUUCAACUGCCGCAAGCUGGUGGCGACCAUGCCGCUGUUCGCCAACGCCGACCCCAACUUUGUGACGGCCAUGCUGACCAAGCUGAGGUUUGAGGUCUUCCAGCCGAGCGACUACAUCGUGCGAGAGGGCACCAUUGGCAAGAAGAUGUACUUCAUCCAGCAUGGCGCGGUCACCGUGCUGACCAAAGGCAGCGUGGGCAUGAAGCUGAUUGACGGCUCCUACUUCGGAGAAAUCUGUCUGCUGACUCGAGGCCGACGGACGGCCAGCGUGCGGUCGGACACCUACUGCCGCCUGUACUCGCUCUCUGUGGACAAUUUCAAUGAGGUCCUGGAGGAGUAUCCCAUGAUGAGGCGGGCAUUCGAGACCGUCGCCAUUGACAGACUCGACAGGAUAGGUAAGAAGAACUCCAUCUUGAUACACAAAGUCCAACACGAUCUGAACUCGGGGGUGUUCAACAACCGCGAGAAUGAGAUGAUCCAGGAAAUCGUCAAAUACGAUCGAGAAAUGGUUCAGCAGGUGGAUUUACAGCAAUCUCAGCCACCGCUUUCCAUAACGCCUCCUCUCCAUGGCGGGGGUUUUUACCAUGUCGGGAUCCUCUUUGCAGCCCCAAAUUCUGCCACUCUGCAGCAAGCUGUAGCUAUGAACCUUUGUCCACCAGUGCAAGGGAAGUCUCCCAGGAUGGUGAGGCGAUUCCAGGUGAUGCAAAAUCUAUCGAGCCCAGCCUCGGCUUCUCCAUUGCAGUCUCAGCUCUUUAGUUCAGGUGUCUUUGCGCCAGGCCUAUCCAGCACUCCUGUCCAGAGCCCCCUUGCAGUUGGAGGUCGUUCCUUCCCUUACGGAUCCAGCUUCCAGGCUAGUCCCGCCACAGGCUCCCAGCUGUCUUUGGUCCAGCAAAACAUCCCAAGCCCUGCACAUAGACUGAGUACGCAUAAGAGCACCCAUUCCUUGCCGAUGGAGAGUCUCAGCCAGGACUCCAGGGCGCUGUCGGCCUCUCAACCCUCACUGCCACACGAAGGGAUGCACCCAGGAGCACCCAGCCCGCCACAGUCUACAAGAGUAUCUUCUACUUCCAUUGGACCAGCUCAGACUCCAUCAAGUCAUGCAGGCAUCCGCAGUGCAAUGCCCCACAGGAUUGUGCUGCCCCACCAGAUGUCUGUGGGAGCCUUCCCUGUGGCAUCCACACAGGGAUUUGGCAUUGGUGCAGGGUUUGCAUUACCUACUGGAGACUUAGUACUACCGAAAAAGAACUCCGUUGGGAGCCUUCCCGAGACAGAGCAGAUUAAAGUCCGAUCCAGGUUAUCCUCAAACUUGUAAGUCCGCUAAGGGCUUGACAUCAGGAACAAGAGCUGCUCCACCUCUUACAGAUUCUCCAGUUGGACAAGGUGAAUGUAUGAGCAAGAGAGUAGACUCAAAUGGCUUUUAAAAUACUAUGAAAUCAGCUGCAUUGAGUUGUUUCUACGUACAGAACCUUAGAAGCAUAUUAGCAUCUUUCCAAAUUUGCCUCCUUUAUAUAAGGUAGUUCACAAUGUAUGCCUAACUACUACACUUUGUUUGAUAGCGGUCUAGAGUAAUAGCAGGAAUUGGCCUCUGAUGUCUCUAGUUUUAAACUCAUUGUACCACCCGGAUUUGUCUCCUUAGCAUACCCUACAAAUACAGUAUACAUAGGUAGGUCCAUCCUCUACGUAAGUGCAAUGGCCAUCUAUAACAUCACCCAUUUUCAACCUAGAUUGAGUCUUGAUAAUACUAGUUAGAAAUGGUAUUUUUGUAACAUCGUUGGCUUAAUUUGCAGGACUUCUCCCUUCAAAAUUACAGUGGAACCUCAAAGUCAUACAUUUUACAAUCUGAAUACAUUUUCAAAUGUCUCACACAUCUUCAGAUUUUCAACCACUUCCGCUCAAGGGGUCUCCAACUUGUUGCUUGCUAACUAUACAUAGGUCGCUCACACUAAGAACCAUGUGUUAACAAACAUGUAAGUAUCAGUUUACAUGUUUGUUAACGCAUGGUUCGUUCUUAACCGUUUAUAUAUUUGGAUAGCUUAUUUUGUUGCACCUUGUGUAAGGUUGAUGUACAUAGGUCGCUCACACUGUCUGAGUAGCUUGCGAGAGCGUUCAAAAUGAUAUAAAAUGGUUCAACUGAACAGGCUAAGUCAACAUCUUACGCUUGGGAUCACUGAAUCUCACAUGAU